AUGAAAUGGGUACCACUCUCCAUCAAUAAGUCUGAAGAAAUAGAGAAGCAGGCAAACGAGAUUGCCGAGCUGUAUCGUGUCCUCUUUCUUCAAUUAAAACUUGAGAAACAACAAGAAAUUCAUGGGCUGCUGCGAAGUCAAAAGGAGUUGUCUGUUGCUCCCAAUUCCGUUAAAUCAAGCAUUGAUAAGAUGGGAGUCAUUACAAAGCUUGGAAAGGCGCUGCAAGAAAGAAUUAAGGAGAUUGAUCAGCUACGAUCUACAGAUACUCCUCAAGGACGUGCCACUGCCUCUGAGGAGAAAAAAGCCUUAAAACAAGAAGAUCCUUCGAAGCAAACCAAACAGUCCUCAGAAAAGAACAAACCAAAGAAGGUGAAACCCAUUUAUUCAUGGGAGAAAGGAGCACAAGCUUCAACCAGCAGCAAAAAGAUGGAAUCUUCUUCGAUCGAACUACCUCAUCAGAUGGAUCAAAGCUCCUUCAGCGAACAAAUGAGCAAAGUCGGAAAGUUUAUGGAGGAGCAACUGGCCAGACAAGUUUCACCAAAACGAGAUAGCUCUCCAAGAAGGUUCGGAAAAACAAAGGAAAGCAAGUAUUCCGUUCAUGCACCUCUCUCUCCAACUCUGAGCAGAAGUCUACGUUUGGAGAUUGAAAUGAAUGAAGAAGAAUUCGCCAAAUUGAAGAUAAGGAGAAAUAUGCAAGAGAGGCCAAGAUCAAGCAGUCCUCGUUUUCAAGCUCCAAACAGAUCUAGAUCAUCCUCAAUGCUCUCCAUUGGAGACCUUGCACGCUCUGCUGAUUCAUUUUCUUCUUCUUCUUCAAGUGCGGGCAAAUCAAGAUAUCCGUUUUUGCAAAGGGUAAGGGAAGACUUGCCUCAGAUGGCAACCCAUUCCUCAAAAUUUACUCAUCACCACAACUGUUGUACAAUACCUCCUAUAUUCUUUCUGGAGCUGACAUAA